AUGGGAGGAGUCUGUGCUCAAUGUGAUGGGACUCCACCAAAUGUUAGCGUGUGCGCGUGUCCGGGACGCCACGCCUCUCGUGUGUAUCAAAAGUCGAAGUUUACAGGCGAGUCUGGGUCAGUGGCGGCGGAGCAGCAGAACCUUCAACAAGGUCGUAAUGAGCUGAUAGCUCGCUAUAUUAAGCUACGGACAGGAAAGACACGUACACGCAAACAGGUGUCUAGUCAUAUUCAGGUUCUGGCUCGCAAGAGGGUGCGAGAAUACCAGGCGAGCAUCAAGGUCUCUAGUCACCUGCAAGUCUUGGCCAAGCGCAAGUCUCAUGAGAUUCAGUCUAAGCUGAAGGCCAUGAACUUGGACCAGGUUUCCAAAGACAAAGCACUGCAGACAGUGGCCAACCUUUCAUCAGCUCAGAUUGUGUCUGCAAGUGUGAUGAAAAGCCAGGCUUCUUUCCCUCCUCCAGUCAGGUUUUGGCCUGGCCAUAUGCCAGGACAGCCUGGACAUUCUCAGGACAUCAAGCCCUUUGCACAACCACCAUACACAACACUAGCAACUCCUGUCCCUGCACCCAUCAGCUAUGAGCCCCUGCCUCCCCCUCGUCCGGCAGCAAUAGCAGCUCCUGUGUGGCAGGACAGAACUAUUGCCUCAGCAAAACUACGGCUUCUGGAGUACUCUGCUUUUAUGGAGACUCAGAAAGACAGAGAGAUGUACAAACACCUGUUUGUGCACAUUGGCCCAUCUAACCCCAGCUACAGUGACCCUGUACUGGAGUCAAUAGAUGUCAGACAGAUUUACGACAAGUUCUCUGAGAAGAAAGGAGGCCUAAAGGAGCUGUAUGAGAAAGGGCCUCACAAUGCUUUCUUUCUUGUCAAGUUCUGGGCGGAUCUGAGCAGUGAUCUUGAGGAAGGUUCCAAUGCCUUCUACGGUGUGAGCAGCCAAUACAGUGGAACAGAGAACAUCACAAUCAGUGUCUCAACAAAGGUCUGCUCCUUUGGCAAACAGGUGGUGGAGAAGGUUGAGACGGAGUAUGCACAUUUGGAGGGAGGAAAGUAUGUGUUCCGCAUCCAUCGUUCACCUAUGUGUGAAUAUAUGAUCAACUUCAUCCACAAACUCAAACAUCUACCGGAGAAAUAUAUGAUGAACAGCGUGCUGGAGAACUUUACCAUACUACAGGUUGUGUCCAACAGAGAAACUCAGGAGACUCUGUUGUGCAUCGCGUUUGUGUUUGAAGUGUCCACCAGUGAGCACGGAGCACAGUACCACGUUUAUCGACUGGUUAAUGACUAGCACACAACGUAUGUGCAAAGACUGUGUCAACCCUUUCCAGUCCACUCAUACUGAUUACCACAUGUGACACACUAAUAAUGUAUGUAUCACCAUCACCACAAUCUACACUCACAGCACCCCACAAUUGUAAACACUAAAGUCGAGCUUAAUUGUUCUUUUUUUCUUUCUUUGUUUUGGGGCUGUAAAUAAUGACUUAAUGUUUUGUUCUCCAUGAUCUGCAGUUUUACCACUGUUCAGUGUAGGGAAUUACAUUUUUUAUUGAAUUCACAGAUUAAUAUCCAGCCUCAAAAGUAUGAAAAAGUUCUUACAACUCGUAUUAUGUUUAAAAGAGGAUAUUCAUUAGUCUGAGUGAAGUUAUGCAUUAGAACUGGUUCCCAUCUUUUCCAGGGAAGUAAAUGCAUAUUUGACAUAACUAUCGGUAUGACCGAUAUGUUUGAAUAUAGCUUGGCAUAAAGCAUUUUAUCAGUGUUAUUGUCACUACCACAGUGACAAGUCGGAGUCUAAUGAUGUCACGAGGCGCAGGGUCUUCUUCCCUGCAGUGCACUACAUGUAGGGAUGGGAAUUAUAUAUUUGAUGGCAAGGAGGAAAAGAUAAAACAACAAAGUGUUAAGUCCAAAAAUAAUUAAUACAAUUAACACACACAAAGGCCACAGCGUUCUGAAACCAGUAGUUCCCUUGACUGUUUACAGACACCAUUGUUUGCCUUUGCUGCAGUAUUUCUACCUCCGUGUGAGUUGGGAUUCAAAUGUGCUUUCAUAAAGCUUUGACUUAAGGAGCACUGACGUAUAGGAAGUGUACACUACAUUUUUAAUGGUACUGUUUAUAAGCCAAAAUUAGCUAAGUGUACUGAUUUUAAAAAAUAAAAAAAAUAAAAAUACAAUAACCGUUUUACUAGCACAGCUGGAGUAAUACUCUAAUUUUUUUUAUAUAUAUAUAUAUAUAUAUAUAUAAACACCAGACAUGGUACAGAGACCAUGUCACAUUCACCCACAGUGAACUCUGGUAAAUUCCAAUGAACUGACACUUGCAUUUUGUUUUGCUCUGUGGAAUGUCUUUGACAUAUCUCGGUACACUUAACCAUUAUUUAGCAAACAAUGUUAUUUGACUAUCAUACCUUCUUUUACUAGCAGGAUAAUCAUGUAUGUGAACAGUGACGUGUGUAUUUUUGCUUUUGCAUGUCAUGAAAGUUUGAGCCAACACGUUGGUAAACAAUGGUUAAAAAAAGCACAUUCACCAUGUGGUUAGCAAUUGUUGUCAUGUUAUCUUCCUUGUGUACUCACAUCUGCUCAGUAAAUUUAAAAUGUGCCUUUUAGGCUAUGGCCAUGCCAAUAAAAUCACUCUUGGUGUUUGCAGAACUCA